UUCCAUCCUCUUGUCCCGGGAGCUGCCUCCGUUCUCAGGAGCCGCCAGAGACCGAAUGGAGACAGAAGCGCCCCAGCCCGGACUGUCGCCCCCGGACUCCGCGCACGACCCUUGUAAAAUGUUCAUCGGGGGACUGAGCUGGCAGACUACACAAGAGGGCCUGCGGGAGUAUUUCAGUCAAUUCGGAGACGUGAAGGAGUGUCUUGUUAUGAGAGAUCCAUUGACCAAAAGAUCCAGGGGAUUCGGGUUUGUCACAUUCAUGGACCAGGCCGGGGUAGACAAAGUUUUGGCACAAUCGAGGCACGAACUUGACUCCAAGACGAUUGAUCCUAAAGUAGCAUUUCCUCGCAGAGCUCAACCCAAGAUGGUGACAAGGACAAAGAAGAUUUUCGUGGGCGGUCUCUCUGUGAAUACAACUGUCGAAGAUGUAAAACAAUAUUUUGAGCAGUUUGGAAAGGUUGAUGAUGCCAUGCUAAUGUUUGAUAAAACAACAAACAGGCACAGAGGGUUUGGCUUUGUUACCUUCGAAGGAGAAGAUAUUGUGGAAAAAGUCUGUGAAAUCCACUUCCAUGAGAUCAACAAUAAGAUGGUUGAAUGUAAGAAGGCACAACCCAAGGAGGUGAUGUCUCCAACAGGUUCUGUACGGGGACGCUCCAGAGUGAUGCCAUAUGGAAUGGAUGCUUUCAUGCUUGGCAUCGGCAUGCUAGUCCCCAAUCCAUCUGCUGAUAGAACAGAGCCUUGGAGGCAUUCUGCACAUGCUCAGUUUGGAUAUCCUGGUUUCCAAGCAGCUACAUAUGCCAGUCGCAGCUACACAGGGCUAGCACCUGGUUACACUUACCAGUUUCCAGAAUUUCGGGUAGAGAGAACCCCACUCCCGGGCACCCCCGUUCUCCCAGAACUCACAGGAGAGGUCUACGGUCAAGAGUAUAAGGAAGCUGUGUCCAUCCAAGAACUUCAGGGAAAAGGAUUUUACGCCAUCCCUCUGACUGCAUAUGGACCAGUGGCGGCAGCGGCAGCAGCUGUGGUGAGAGGCUCCACUCCAACCCGCACAGGGGGUUUUCUGGGAACUAGCAGCCCAGGCCCAAUGGCUGAACUAUAUGGCGCAGCCAAUCAAGAAUCGGCAGUCAGCAGCUACAUCAGCGCAGCAAGUCCAGCACCUAGCACUGGCUUUGGACACAGCCUUGGGGGACCUUUGAUUGCCACGGCUUUCACUAAUGGAUAUCAUUGAAUUUAUGGGUCACAAUGAAGGUUUCAGAUUGGAAGCUCUUCAUGUCCGUGGCUGUCCCUCUCCUCUCAGAUUAUCAGAUCGCCACCUUGUGUUCAUACAGAGUAACUGGUGCCUCCUGCAUAUUUUUUUCCUUUCACCCCAGAACAUUUUAUUUAUUUCAUGUUUUUUUCUUCUCCUUUUUUUCCUUGUUUGUCAUUUUUUUUUUCCUUUUUCUCAUUGUUAGUCUUGUGUUUCCAUGAUAGAUGUCAGGAAAACAUAUUUCAUAACUAGGUAAUUUUUGUUCUGGUGGGUUGCUGGGAAAUUCCGGUACAACAUGCUGGAGGGAGGGAAGGGAUUAUAUGGUCCAGCUGUCUGGGAAUGUGUUUCAUUUAUUUUUAACUGAAAAAAAAAAAUAUUUUUUAUGUAAAUUUCGGCUUUUAUGACAUGAAGUGGACAAUGCACAAGAACAAGACAAAUGUAUAUUUUGCUAAAUGAAAAACUAUUUGUAGAACAGAAAUUAUUUUAAUUUUCUCAAAACUGGUUUGAUUUUUUUUUUUUUUUUUUUCCUCUGUAAAAUAUGUAAAUAUUGCAGACUGAUUGCUCUGCCACCUCCAGGUCUUUUCUGGCCCCGGCUUCUCCUUUGCCGACUUGGGUCCAUACUUUAGCAAUAUUUUCCUAAAACCUGAAUGGAUUGACAGGUUUUUUUUUUUAUAAAUUUUUUUGCUACAACCGAGUUCUGUCCACUGGAAUAAGCUGGUGCGUCAUCAGCGCAGGAGAUCGCUGAGCGCCAGCUACAUCCUUGGCACAAUUUAACUCUUUGAGUGCCACCCUUCUUGGUAAUACGGAGGAAGGUGUGUGUUUUUAUGACAAGCGUACAUAGCACAGGUUUCUUUUGGAAACCAGAAAAAAAAUAAAAAAUGUUGACUGUGAUAAUAAGCGCUGUCAAUGCAUUAGACUUUUAGUUAUAUAAUACAUAUGUGGGCUGAUUUAACCAGGAAAAAAGUGAU